AUGAAAAAUAUGUGUCUUACAAUGUUAUGUAUAUCUUUUUUUACUAUUUGUGGUGGACCAUAUGGUUCUGAAUUAGUUAUAUCUACUAUUGGGAUUCAUAACUUUAUAUGGGUUCAAAUCUUAAUAUCUAUUUUAUAUGUUAUUCCAAUUAUUAUAAUUUAUAAUAUUAUGUUUCAAUCUUUUCCUCAGAGUAAAGAUUUAAGUAGUUGGUGUAAAAAAUUAUUUGGAACUUCUAUAAGCUUAUAUGUUGAAUCAUUAUAUAUUUUUAUGGAAUGUGGAAUGAUUUCUUCACUUAUUAAUCUUUCUUUAGUAUAUCAGAAAUCUUUUAUGAAUUAUAUCCAUAUUUCAAUGUUUACUCCACUUCAACAGAUGAUCAUAUUAUCAAUAAUUUUAACAUUAUUCACUAUUUUUACUUUAUAUAUGAUAAACUUUGAAAAAUAUAUCAAAUAUAUGUUAAUAAUUAUUAUGAUACCCUUAAUUUUAACAAUUUUUAUUUUUAUAUAUAAAAUACCAACUUCUUCUUGGUUUAUUAUAUCCCAAUUCCCAAAAUCAGAUGAAAUAAAUUGGAUAUUAGCAUUACAAUAUAUUAUGUGGCUUAAUUUUGGAUAUGAAAAAUUAUUUAUUAUAAUUAGAAAUAAUCCUAAUAAUAUUGAACCUGAAAUAAUCAAUAAUUCAAAAAUUAUUUAUAUUUUAUUAGCAAAUAUAUUGAUCAUAUCAUUGACAUAUAUAAUAUCACUUUGGUCUGGAUGUAGUGUCCUUAAUUAUUUUAAUAAAGAUAGUGAAGCUUUUAAAUUAGGAAAUUUUUUUAUUAUAUCAACUUAUUUAAUUGGUAGAACUCCAUUAGCUUCAUUAAUUGUAAUAGCAGCUUGUUUUUCAGCAAUAGGACGUAUAGCAUCUGAUUUGGAAUAUAUUCAUCUUUUACUUUUAAUAAAAUGGAAAAAUUAUUAUAAUAAAGAUAUUGAAAAUUUAUAUUAUAUAAAUAAAGGUUAUAUAUCAGCUAUAAUUAUUACUUUAUGUUUUAUUUUAUCUAUUUUUAUUCCUCAAGAAUAUUUAAUAGGUUCAGUUUCAACUUUAUAUAGUUGUAUUAUGUUUAUAACUAUUAUAGCAUUUUUAAAAUGUUUAUGGAAAUUUCAAAGUAAUUAUUAUAAUCAUGAAAUUUUAAAAUUACCUUUAAUUUAUAAUGAAGAUGAAAUAAAUAAUAUAUCAGAUAUUCAAAAUGAAGAUUUAUUAUUAUUUUCACCUAAGAAUUUUGAAGAUGCUAUAUAUUUUUUUAAUUUACCCUUGAAAGUUAAAUUAAUAAUAUAUAUAUUUUUAUGUAUUCCACCAGUUAUUUUUGGAAUUAUAUUAUUUUGUAGUUAUAUAUCAUUAUAUUAUAUUGGAGUUAUUUUUUUCAUAAUUAUUAUAACAGCUAUUAUAGAUCAAUUAUAUUCUAAAUACCAAAAUUUAGAAUUUAAUAAUGGGAAAAUUGUAUAA